GCACGAACCCGUGUCCCCUGCAUCGGCAGGCGGACUCUCAACCACUGCGCCACCAGGGAAGCCCUACUGUAACUUUUAGUUUGAAUAAUAGAUUUUUAAGUUAAAAAAUCAUAAAAGAGAGCAUAACAGUGCAGAAAAUUUCAGAAUAUUGAGGAAAACCCACCAAGUACACAUCACUCUAACUGCUGUCCCUGUGUUUCUUUCCAGGCUUUCUCCAGGGUGAUUGUACAUGGUCAUCCUGGCACACAGGGUUUUUUUUUUUCCUCGCUACUGAAUAUUUUAUAGUAAAUACUUUCCCCAGUUGCUACAUAGUCUCCAAAGCCAUUUUUCCAGCUGCGUAAUGAUCUUAUUAAAGGAACUGUGGCACAUUAUUACAGUCUGAAAGGUGAGCUGGUCAGAGUACUAGUCUCCAACUGUGAGAUGGGUGAGGGUCAGGCAGGGACUGAAUUAGACUCUGGAGUGCUGAGACCCCACCCCCACCCCCAGGGUAGUGGGAGUCCCGCCCCUUUGUGAGGUCUGGCCUCUGGUUGAAUGCUCCAAGUGACAGGGCAUUACUUUUCCUUUUUAGAUCAAUCAUCCCGUUCUGCUAAGUGCAAAAGUCUUUCAAUUAUCCAGAGUGUUUCUAAUGGACAUUCUCUUGAAGCAUGUUUACCUAGUACAGACAGGCCCAGAGACUCCCUGGGGGCAGCCUGGCCUGGUUGUUUUCUGAUCUUCCUUACCGGGCACCUAAUCCCUACACCUUAUUUUCCUUCUGUGGAAAGGAGUGGUGGUGAACGAUACCUACUUCUUUACAGAAAUGGUGGGAGAAUCAACGCACCAAAAGACCUAACUACCUUGAGUAUGAUUCUGAUGUCUCUAAGACAGUUUUUUAAAUUACCCAGUUGUUAGCUAUUAUUUAUUAGGUAUCAUUUAUUAUUUAUUAGUUACUCAUUAGAUCUCUAUUGGGGAUCUGUAGUACAAGAGAAAAACUAGUGUCUGUCAGUUUCCAUAUUUGUAUAUUCAAAGUACUUUUUUUUUCCUGUAUGUUCUGUACUUUUUUUUUUCUUCCUAAACCAUUCCCCUGGAGGGCGAAGACCCUAUCUCACUUCUUCAUUUCUCAAUUCCCAGAAUUGAGCCAUUCAUAUAACAAGUAUUUACCAGGUACCUUCUACAGGCCAGACAGUGUUCUAGGUUUGGGGAUAUGGCAGUGGACAAAGCUGACCUAACCACCUGUCCUCAUGGAGCUGACACUGCAGUGGGGACACCAUCCCAGCAUUUAAGCUCAUAUCCCAGGCAUAUGAAGUGCUUUCAGAUCCAAAGAAAAGGGACAUUUAUGACCAGGGCGGCGAGCAGGCAAUUAAGGAAGGAGGCUCAGGCAGCCCCAGCUUCUCUUCCCCCAUGGACAUCUUUGACAUGUUCUUUGGUGGCGGAGGACGGAUGGCUAGAGAGAGAAGAGGCAAGAACGUUGUACAUCAGUUGUCUGUAACGCUGGAAGAUUUGUAUAAUGGAGUCACAAAGAAAUUGGCGCUCCAGAAAAAUGUAAUUUGUGAGAAAUGUGAAGGCGUUGGUGGGAAGAAGGGAUCUGUGGAGAAGUGCCCAGUGUGCAAGGGGCGAGGGAUGCAGAUUCACAUCCAGCAGAUCGGGCCGGGCAUGGUGCAGCAGAUCCAGACCGUGUGCAUCGAGUGCAAGGGCCAGGGCGAGCGCAUCAACCCCAAGGACCGCUGUGAAAGCUGCAGUGGUGCCAAGGUCAUCCGAGAGAAGAAGAUUAUCGAGGUGCACGUGGAAAAAGGUAUGAAAGAUGGGCAAAAGAUACUGUUUCAUGGAGAAGGAGAUCAGGAGCCUGAGCUGGAGCCUGGUGAUGUCAUAAUUGUGCUUGAUCAGAAGGAUCAUAGUGUCUUUCAGAGACGAGGCCAUGACUUGAUCAUGAAAAUGAAAAUUCAGCUUUCUGAAGCCCUUUGUGGCUUCAAGAAGAUGAUAAAAACACUGGAUGAUCGAGUCCUUAUUAUUACAUCCAAAUCAGGUGAGGUGGUAAAGCACGGGGACCUGAAAUGUGUGCGUAAUGAAGGAAUGCCAAUCUACAAAGCACCCCUGGAGAAAGGGGCUCUGAUCAUACAGUUUUUAGUUAUUUUUCCUGAAAAACACUGGCUGUCUCAAGACAACCUUCUCCAGCUGGAAGCUCUGCUCCCUCCUCGACAGAAAGUCAGGAUUACAGAUGACAUGGAUCAGGUGGAGCUGAAGGAGUUUAAUCCCAAUGAGCAGAACUGGCGCCAGCACAGGGAGGCCUACGAGGAGGAUGAUGACGGGCCCCGGGCCGGAGUGCAGUGCCAGACGGCAUGAUGUGGCCCGGUGCAGCGUGGCCCGGCCGGACUAGCACGUGAUGAAUGUAAAGUUGGCACAAUGAAAAUGGCAUCGCUUUAAUGGCCUCGUGUUUGGGGUGUCCUGUGUAUGUGUUCAGCAUUCUCAACUGCUGAGUGUCCUUUUGGUUUUUCUUUUUUUUUCUUUUGGUUGUAACUUAAGUUAUAGCUUAAUUUAUAUUUAAAUGUUUUAAGUGUAAAUCACUCUAGUCUGCAUAUGGAAUCUGUUUAUUUACAUUUUCAGGAUAUUUUUGAGAUGCCAGUGACCGCACUGACACUUUGUGCUUCUAGUGGCUUUGCCAUAGUUCAGUUCCACCAAUAAAGCACAGCCCAGAUGACAGCCCCCUAGCAAACCUCCAGGCAUGAAGUGGGUGACCUGGCCCAAGUCUAGCUCUGCGGUUUCUUCCCCUCCCCACCUCCCUCAUAAUGGCAGUUACUGAGGGUAUGAUCUCAGGGCUGCUCAUGUGACAUUUCUGAAUCUAGAUUCUAGAUGCUUCUCCUCAAGAAUAAAAGCACAUCUGUGGGUUGGGCUUGGCUGCAGUGCCUGGUUCACGCUGAGUGGGCUUCAGGGCCAACUUGGUUCCUACUGUCCUGUGCCCUUGAAUGCUUGGAACGGGGUGUGUGUCUGAUCAUCUCUCUUGGAAGCUUCCUGAACCUUCCAGGCCUUGCGGUGAGGACAAACCAGUGUUUUAAAUGAAACGCUGAUAAAACUGUUUGCCUGCGCCCUCCGCACCUUGUUUUUUGUUGUUUUAUUUUCUGUUGACAGCCUUUGCAGUGCUCUCCCACCAAAGUGCUUACUUGUAAAGAUAACGAAACCAUCCAUGUCCGCAGCAGCCUCAGUGCAACGGAAUCCAAGGGAGAUGCUGGUGGUUCAGCCCUGUGGCACAGCCAGCUUCCCUGUCUGACCAGUGAUCCUGGAUGACUUGAGGGUCUGGAAAGGCACCACCUCAUUCUCCCAGAUUGAACUCCCUUCCAAAGGAUGGUUCCUCUCCUUGCACAGCCAUAUCACAAAGGGCUUCCUGCUCAAGGGAUAAUAAUGUUUUAGUGAGAACUGAAGUUCUACUCUGGACCGCAGUCUGUAUGGACUACCACUGUAAAUGCUAACUUGUUGGGAGGGAUAUUAUUCAUUAACUCCUGGCAGGUAGACUACAAUUUAAAUUUAGGGUUACCUCAACCUUUAGCCAUUACUGCUCCUUUCCUUCCCACAACAGUCAUGAAGAAAAACUCCUGCCUUCUAAGCUGCUGGGUUAAAGCAGAGGCCACUUUUCAGAUCCACCCUUAUUGGUUAUACAGUAUCUGAGAGUUUGACUCAGACCAGGGACCUCCCCAGGAGGGCCAAAGGGUAGAUGAGACCCAUGGCAGGUAGUUCCAGCGGAUGGACCAGGCUCCAGCUGGCUAGUGGGUGGGCAUAAUUUGCUCAAAAUAGGUAUAGAAAGAGCCCACCUGUCCCACUUUGAUCAGGAAAGACAUAAAACCUAUUCUUCCAACUAAGCCUAUAUGAAAAUCAAUUGACGAAUGGACCACAACUCCAGGGUGAUGUUUCUGUGCUGUGACUUCCUAAUAAAUUAUUGCUAGAAAACUGUCUAGUUGAUGAUGAGGCAAAAUUACAUUCAGCUCCUUGUCAUGUAGAGAAUUUGGAGGGUGUUGCUUAAAAUUUAUUCCACCUGUAUAUUUGUCACUUUAAAAUUAAAAUUGAGCUGGUAUGAGAGACA